ACAUUCAUGUGCCUUUUACCAAAAAGUUAAUUUAAAAUUAAAUUGACCGUCUUCUUCUCAGUGCUCUUCCGCUCCAUCACAGUACUCCGUGACCGUCUUCUUCUCCCUCGCCCUAAUUUCAACUCUUCGUCACUCGGUAUCACCCUCGCAGCCAGGGCUUUACAACUUCGGAUUGGGAAUUCGCGAGAUGAAGCUAACGCCGAGAGAGGUCGAGAAGGUUGCUCUCCAUAACGCCGGGUUUCUCGCGCAGAAGCGCCUUGCUCGCGGACUCAGGCUCAAUUACCCCGAGGCCGUGGCGCUUAUAGCAACACAGAUUUUGGAAUUUGUUCGUGAUGGUGACAAUACAGUAGCAGAGUUGAUGGAUAUUGGGAAACAAUUAUUAGGAUGGAGACAAGUUCUUCCAGCUGUUCCACAUCUUUUGCAUACUGUGCAGGUUGAAGGGACCUUUCCAGAUGGAACAAAGUUAAUCACCAUCCAUGAUGCAAUAGCUAGUGAAAAUGGAAAUCUGGAGCUAGCUUUACAUGGUUCUUUUCUUCCAGUGCCUUCAAUAGACAAAUUUCCCGACAUGCUAGAUUGUAGAAUUCCUGGUGAGCUAAGUCUUGGAAGCAAAUCUAUUACACUUAAUCUUGGAAGGAAAGCAGUAACCCUCAAAGUCUGUAACAGAGGAGACAGGGCAAUUCAGGUUGGCAGCCACUAUCACUUUAUUGAGGUGAACCCCUGCUUAGUUUUUGAUCGGAGGAAAGCACUUGGCAUGCGGUUGAAUAUACCAGCAGGCACAGCUACACGAUUUGAGCCAGGGGAUACAAAACAAGUCACUCUUGUAAGUAUUGGAGGUAAUCAAGUGAUGAGAGGAGGAAACAACAUUGUUGAUGGUCCUGUUAAUGUUGCCAAUAUUGCAUCAAUAAUGGAUGGUGUAAAGACAAGAGGAUGUCAUCAUUCUGAAGAACCACAAGCCAGUGAAGGUUUUGUUUCAGAACGAUCUUUUGCCUGCACAAUUUCUCAUGAGGCCUAUGUUAACAUGUAUGGUCCUACCACUGGUGACAAGGUUCGGCUUGGUGACACAGACUUAUUUGCAGAAAUUGAAAGAGAUUAUGCAUGUUAUGGUGAUGAAUCUAUAUUUGGAGGUGGAAAAGUUGUAAGGGAUGGAAUGGGGCAGGCUUGUGGAUAUUCACAAGCUGACUGUCUAGAUACUGUCAUUACAAAUGCUGUGAUAAUUGAUUAUACUGGAAUUUUCAAGGCAGAUAUUGGUAUUAAAGAAGGUCUUAUAGUUUCACUUUGCAAAGUAGGCAACCCAGACAUCAUGGAUGGUGUACCGUGCAACAUGGCAAUUGGGGUUAACACUGAGGUUAUUGCUGGUGAGGGAAUGAUUGUAACAGCAGGGGCCAUAGACUGCCAUGUGCACUUCAUAUGCCCUCAAUUGGCAUAUGAAGCAAUAUCAAGUGGCAUCACAACAUUAGUGGGAGGAGGAACAGGACCUGCUGAUGGGACACGAGCAACUACUUGUACGUCAGCACCUUCACACAUGAAGCUAAUGCUACAAUCUACCGAUGACCUGCCACUAAAUUUUGGUUUUACUGGCAAGGGAAAUAGUGCCAAAUCAGAUGGGCUUCAUGAAAUAAUUAGUGCUGGGGCAAUGGGCCUGAAGCUCCAUGAAGAUUGGGGAUCAACUCCUGCUGCAAUAGACAACUGCUUGGCUGUUGCAGAACAAUAUGACAUUCAGGUUAAUAUCCACACCGACACAUUGAAUGAGUCUGGAUUUGUGGAGCACACAAUUGCUGCAUUUAGGGAUAGAACAAUCCACACCUAUCACAGUGAAGGGGCAGGUGGUGGUCAUGCUCCAGAUAUAAUAAAAGUUUGUGGGGUAAAAAAUGUUCUGCCUUCAUCAACAAACCCGACUCGUCCUUUCACUUCAAAUACUGUAGAUGAGCACCUUGACAUGCUGAUGGUAUGCCAUCACCUUGAUAAGGACAUUCCAGAGGAUGUAGCCUUUGCUGAAUCACGAAUACGGGCUGAAACGAUUGCUGCAGAAGAUAUUUUGCAUGAUAUGGGGGCAAUUAGCAUUAUAGCUUCAGAUUCACAGGCUAUGGGUCGCAUUGGAGAGGUUAUCAUCAGAACUUGGCAAACUGCUCACAAGAUGAAGUUAGUAAGAGGAUCUGUUGAAUCAAGUGGAUUAGACAAUGACAACCUCCGGAUCAGACGAUAUAUUGCGAAGUAUACUAUAAAUCCAGCUAUAGCUAAUGGGUUUGCUGAAUUUGUAGGUUCAAUAGAGGUGGGUAAGUUGGCUGAUCUUGUUAUUUGGAAACCAGCAUUCUUUGGGGCAAAACCUGAAAUGGUAAUCAAAGGUGGCACAAUUGCAUGGGCUAACAUGGGCGAUCCAAAUGCGAGCAUACCAACUCCUGAACCGAUGAUUAUGAGGCCCAUGUUUGGAGCAUUUGGCAAGGCCGCCGGUGGUAAUUCAAUUGCUUUUGUCAGCAAGGCCGCAGUUGAAAAAGGGAUAAAAGCCCAGUAUGGGCUCAACAAGAGGGUUGAAGCUGUAGGCAAUGUGAGGAGGCUCACCAAACUUGACAUGAAGCUUAACGAUGCCCUUCCAAACAUCAAGGUAGAUCCAGAGACAUACACAGUGACAGCAGAUGAUGUGGUUCUGACCUGUAAUGCAGCUACAACAGUUGCCCUUUCUCGAAACUAUUUUCUCUUUUAGGCAUCACCAUAUAGUGGCUCUGUUUCACUGACUUGUUCUGCCUGACCUGUGUUGUAACUCGUAACACUAUCUUUCGUUGUCUGUUUUGAUGUUUUGCUAAUGUUUCUUUAGAAUUAGAACACCUGUUGUUGUGUUGAACCUUUAUGAGGAUAUUUCCACUAGAGCAGCUAGUUAAGAAAUGCUGGGAAUAAAGUGUAGUUAUUUACCUUCUCAUA